AUGGCAGCCACAAAGACAAGUAUUUCACUCUGGCGGGAGACAGUUCGUCCGGAUAAGGUAGAUUCUGGCUAUGAACGACCGGAGACCGAAACUAAAGUGCUACCGGCUGGAUGGAAGCUGACUGACAACCAUGCGCCUUUCUUGGUGGACACAAUUUGGGAAAAAAACGUGAGUGUGCGAUUACGGGAUGGUUGUGCCAUCUUUGUGGACGUAUUCAGGCCUCAAAACGCUGCCGACGGCACUGUUCCAGCCUUGCUCGCAUGGAGUCCAUACGGAAAAUCUGCUUGUCGUACCGGAGGUUUUAAUCCUCUAGAUAUGAUUCCUGGCCGCAUGGGAGUCCCUCGGUCUCGUUUGUCUGGGUUUGAGAAGUUUGAGGCCCCUGAUCCUGCUAAAUGGACUGCUAAGGGAUAUGCAAUUGUGAACCCGGAUCCACGAGGCGUUUAUGACUCGGAAGGGGAUAUUUACCACUUCGGACCAAAUGAAGCGGACGACGGCUACGACACAAUUGAGCAUAUCGCGAGUCUACCGUGGUGCAAUAAAAGUGUUGCCUUGGUUGGUAACUCGUGGCUAGCAGUGGCCCAGUGGUUCAUCGCCGCGACGCGCCCGCCUCAUCUGAAAUGCAUUGGCCCUCUCGAAGGUGCGGGUGAUCUCUACCGUGAUGUUCUAUGCCGAGGUGGUAUUCCUCAGACUCCUUUUUGGGACUUCCUGUCAGGGGUACUUCGAGGGCGCAACCGGCAAGAGGAUGUGGUCGGCGCACUCAAAAAAUACCCUUCAAUGAAUGAAUACUGGAGCAGUAAGCGGGCAGAUAUGAGUCAAAUCACGGUUCCUGCCUACAUACUUGCAAGCUAUUCAACUUUUCUCCACACAUUCGGCUCGUUCCGGGGUUUUACAGAAAUUCCUCAUAUGAAGAAAUGGCUACGAGUUCAUGCUACCCAGGAGUGGCACGACCUUUACCAGAAGUCGACCAAUGACGACUUAUUAAAGUUCUUUGAUCACUAUACCAAGGGCAUUCAGAAUGACUGGGAAGAUACACCAAACGUGAGGGUAUCAUUCCUACGCUUCAAUAAGGGUCCCUUGAUAGACCAAGUCUAUCCGGACUGGCCAAUUCCCAACACGACUGCCCGUACUUUCUAUCUUGAUGUCAAAAAUUCGAUGACUGAAGAUCUUCCCCUAACUCCGAAUAUCAUAUCAUACGUGUCAGAUGCACCUUUCCAACAAACUGACGCUGACUCAGAGGAGCUCAGUUUCACAUACACUUUCACAGAGCCCUGUGCUCUCGCUGGAUCAGCACGAGCGAUCAUUUAUGUCUCGGCCGAAAAUGCAGAGGAUAUGGAUGUAUUCGUCCAGAUUCGCAAAGCUGAUACAACUGGCAAGCUUCUGCGGAACAUAAAUAUUCCUGUCAAUGAUCGGAAAAUCUGCAAUAUGCCCGAGCCGAUUGAUUUAGUGAAUCCUUUGAUCUACUUAGGCCCUACCGGCUGCCUCCGUGUGAGCUAUCGUGAUCUCGACAAGAAAUUAUCGAAUGAGUGGUGGCCAGAGCAUGAUUACUCCGUGAAGCAGACUUAUCAGACUGGGCAGGUCAUUGAGCUAGACAUUGGACUGUGGCAAACUGGAAUACUCUACCUACCAGGUGAGAAGCUGGUUUUCAAGGUAUCUGGGCACAACAUGACGCUGGCAGAGUUUCCGAAUCUACGUGGGGUGAUGCCCAACUACAACAAAGGGAAGCACAAUCUCCACGUUGGAGGAUCCUCUGCUAGUCGACUUAUAAUCCCGACGGUCCCAUUUCCCAGAUCAUGA